AUGUCUGAGUUGGUAAGUAAUCCGGCUGUUCAAGCUGCUGAUUUAUUGGUACCUAAGCCGUUGAUAUCAAGGCCAUAUGUUUGGCCUUUUGCCAUCAUAUAUCCGGUAUUUUUACAAGUCUACACUCAACACUACGACAAGUAUAUCGGAGGAUCCGAGUGGACAUUUGUGUAUUUGAUCGCUAUUUGCUCGUUGAAUAUGUUAUUCUGGUUGAUGCCUCACUGGAAUAUUGAUAUCGAUGGCAAAUUCAAUUAUCUGUCUGUGAAGACCAUUAGUGAAGCUACGCAUAUCAAGAUUGUUCCUGCUCCAAACAGUGGAGUUGGUGAAAUUUGUGAAAUAGUUAGAGAACAAUUCCAUGAUGGUGAAAAACAAGUCAGUUUCUUGCAUCAGAAAAGACGUCACUUGUACCAUCCUGAAUUGGACCACUUUUCACCACCUGAAUUCGUUUUUGACCAAUCUCCAAAGUUGACUGUUUUCCAGAAUUCGAAGGGUUUGAAGGGCGAUUUAGAAAAAAUGCAAAGAAAUUUCGGUGAAAACAAGUUUGAUAUUCCAAUUCCAACUUUCUUAGAGUUAUUUAAGGAGCACGCAGUUGCCCCAUUUUUUGUAUUCCAAAUCUUUUGUGUUGCAUUAUGGUGCAUGGAUGAACAAUGGUACUACUCGUUAUUCAGUUUGUUUAUGUUGGUCUCUUUCGAAAUGACUACAGUUUUUCAAAGAAGAACCACCAUGUCUGAAUUCCAAAGUAUGGGUAUCAAGCCUUAUUCCAUUUAUGUCUACAGAGAUCUUAAAUGGAAGCAGUUGCAAACAACUGAAUUAUUACCAGGUGACUUGGUUUCCAUUACUAGAACCAGCGAAGAUGGUGCUCUUCCAUGUGAUUUACUUUUGGUUGAUGGUUCCUGUAUUGUCAACGAAGCUAUGUUAUCAGGUGAAUCUACUCCAUUAUUGAAAGAAUCUAUCAAAUUAAGACCAUCUGAUGAGGUUUUGAAUAUUGAAGGAUUUGACAAGAACUCUUUAUUACAUGGUGGUACAAUGGCGUUGCAAGUUACUAAGCCCGAAAGUCCUAUUGUUCCUUUAGCUCCAGAUAAUGGUUCCUUAGCUAUCGUGGCUAAGACUGGGUUUGAAACAUCUCAAGGUUCUUUAGUGCGUAUGAUGAUUUUCUCUAGUGAAAGAGUUUCUGUUGGUAAUAAGGAAGCAUUCUUCUUUAUCUUAUUCUUGUUAAUUUUCGCUAUUGCAGCUUCAUGGUACGUUUGGGUUGAAGGUACUAAAAUGGGUCGUAUUCAAUCUAAAUUGAUUUUGGACUGUAUUAUUGUUAUCACUUCUGUUGUUCCACCUGAAUUACCAAUGGAAUUGACUAUGGCCGUCAAUGCUUCUUUAGGCGCUUUACAAAAGUAUUACAUUUACUGUACUGAACCAUUCAGAAUUCCUUUGGCAGGUAGAAUCGAUGUUUGCUGUUUCGAUAAGACCGGUACUUUAACUGCUGAAGAUUUAGUGUUUGAGGGCUUAGCUGGCUUCCAACCAAAUGAUAUUCAUCAUUUGUAUUCUUGUUCUGAGGCUCCUGAAGCUGCCUCUUGGGUUUUAGGAUCUGCUCACGCUCUUGUAAAAUUAGAUGAUGGUGAUGUUGUUGGUGAUCCAAUGGAACAAGCUACUUUAAAGGCAGCUCACUGGACUGUUGGCGCUAAGGACUCAGUUGAGAGAACAAAGGAAAAUGGUAAAAUCGAAAAAAUUAAAAUCAUGCGUCGUUUCCAAUUCUCUUCAGCUUUGAAAAGAUCUUCAUCGAUCUCAUCUGUUAAUACUUUACAAAACCAAUUAUUGGUCUCUGCUAAAGGUGCUCCUGAAACUAUCCGUCAUAUGUUGAUUGAUGCACCAGAAAAUUAUGAAGAAAUUUAUAAGUCGUUUACAAGAUCAGGUUCUCGUGUUUUAGCCUUAGGUUACAAAUAUUUAGAUCAAAGCGUCAAGGUUCUUAAGAUUGAUAGAAAAGAUGUUGAAUCAAGAUUACAUUUUGCUGGUUUUAUUGUUUUCCAUUGUCCUUUGAAAGAUGAUGCUGUUGAAACAAUUAAAAUGUUGAAUGAAUCAUCUCACCGUUGUAUUAUGAUUACUGGUGAUAAUCCAUUGACAGCAUGUCAUGUUGCAAAGGAAGUUCAAAUUACUGAAAAGGACGUAUUGAUUUUAGAUGAACCUGAAGAGCAUCAUAAUGUAAAAAGUGAAAACUUGGUUUGGAGAAAUAUUAAUGAAACUGUUGUGAUUCCAUUCAACAGUGUAGAUAAAAUUGAUAUUAAGCUCUUUGAGAAAUAUGAUAUCUGUGUCACUGGUUAUGCUUUAGGUCACUUAUCCGAACAUGACCAGAUUUUGGAAUUAUUGAAACAUACUUGGGUCUAUGCUAGAGUUUCACCUGCACAAAAAGAAUUUAUCUUGACAUCUUACAAAGAAGCUGGAUAUAGCACAUUGAUGUGUGGUGAUGGUACUAAUGAUGUUGGUGCUUUGAAACAAGCCCAUAUUGGUGUUGCCUUAUUGAAUGGUACUGAAGCUGGUUUGAAAAAGAUGGCUGAGAACAGAAGGGUUGAAGCAACUCAAAAGGUUUAUGAGAAACAAGUUAAGUUGCUUGUUAGCUGGGGUAAACCUGCACCACCAGUUCCACCAAUAAUUGCCCAUUUAUACCCACCAGGUCCUCUGAAUCCAAAAUAUUUGGAAGCUAUGGAAAAGAAAGGUAUUGAAAUUACGGAUGAUAUGAAAAAGGCUGUUGAAGCUGCUAAUCAGACAGGUAUAGUCGGUACACAAUCGAAAGCAACCAAUGAUGGAUUUGCAGAAACUGUUUUGGGUGCAAUGAAUGAAGCUGAAACCGGUGAUGAAGUUCCAACUUUGAAAUUAGGUGAUGCAUCAGUCGCUGCACCAUUUACUUCAAAGUUGGCAAAUGUUUCUACUGUGACUCAUAUAAUUCGUCAAGGUCGUUGUGCAUUGGUUUCUACUAUUCAAAUGUAUAAGAUUUUAGCGUUAAAUUGUUUAAUUUCAGCCUAUUCGUUAUCAGUUUUGUAUUUAGCUGGUAUUAAGUUUGGUGAUGGUCAAGCAACUGUCUCAGGUAUUUUGCUUUCUGUUUGUUUCUUGUCAAUUUCUCGUGGUAAGCCAAUUGAAAAGCUUUCUAAAGAAAGACCUCAAAAUGGUAUAUUCAACAUUUAUAUUAUGGGAUCGAUCUUGGGUCAAUUUGCAGUUCAUAUUGUUACAUUGAUCUAUAUUACUAGGGAAAUUUAUAUUUUAGAACCAAGAGAACCUCAAGUUGAUUUGGAAAAGGAAUUUUCUCCAUCCUUAUUGAAUACUGGUAUGUUUUUGUUGCAAUUGGCACAACAAGUUUCUACAUUUGCUGUGAAUUACCAAGGGUUACCAUUUAGGGAAAGUAUCAAGGAUAAUAAGGGUAUGUAUUACGGUUUAUUAGGUGUCGCUGCCUUAGCUAUUGCUGGCUCAACCGAAUUCUUCCCUGAAUUAAAUGAGGCAAUGAAAUUCGUUAAAAUGGAUUCAUUAUUCAAAGUCAAAUUAACAACAUGUAUUUUGUUAGACUUAGGAGUCACUUGGUCUAUUGAAUUAACUUUGAAGCAUUUUUUCAUGAAUCACCAUGCUGCUGAUAUUGCGGUAAGAGAUUAG